AUGAUUCCUGUCCCAAUUCCAGCUCUCCCGUCCUCUCCUCUUCUUCUUCUUCUUCUUCCUCUUCUUCUCCUCAACAGCCGUAUGGUUAGACAGUUCUCCCUCUCCUCUUUCUUCUCUCUUCCCCCCCGCGGCCAGAAGGAUCCGGUACAUCCUUCUAGUCGUCCCGCUCCGGUCGGUCUCCGACGUUCCUCUCCUUUGCCUUGUUUUCAAGGCGUCCGUUCUUUUCUUGCGCCUCAGGUAGGCACAUCCUCUCCUUCUUUUGCUUCUACUGAGAAGCCCACUUCUUCCGUUCCUCGUUCCCGUUCCCGUGGUCAGGAGUUCCUGAAAAGGUUCGACGCCACACACACUCGUUCCCCCAACUGUCGUUCCCCCCCUUCCCCCCCUGUGGCUUCGGCCACGUCCCCUCGUUCUGUACCCCAUGACAAGCCUCCCAGCACCUUGCGGUUUCUUCGUCGUCCCUCCUCUUCUUCCCCUUCCACUCGUUCCCCCCGUGCGGCUUCGGCCGCGUCCACUCAUUCUCAUCCUACCCGUUCUCGUGGGGAGGCGUUCCUGCAAAGGUUCGACUCCUCACACCCCCGUUCCCCCCCUGUGGCUUCGGCCACGUCCGCUCGUUCUGUGCCUCGUGGCACAUCUAUUCCUAGACCUUGUGUGGUUCUUCGGGCCACUUCCCCUCGUGUAUACCGGUGUACUUCGGGCACCACUCCUGUCGUGGUUCCUCGGGCCACAUCCACUCGUUCGUAUAUCCCUAUUCGUUCUGUGGCUUCGGCCAAAUCCUGUCGUUCCCCUCGUGUUUCCCGUGGUCGUGCGUUCCUGGAGAGGUUCAACGCCACACAUCCUUAUCCUUCCCCUGUGGCUUCGGCCACGUCCACUCGUUCUGUUCCUCGUUCCCCCUCUGUGGCUUCGGCCACGUCCGCUCCUUCAAAACCGAUGAAAUCGGUUCGGUUCGUAGAGACCACCACGGUGGUGGUGGUUCCUCGGUGGAUUCUGAAGUGGAGAGACAUCCACAGGUGCAGCUGGAGGUCACAGGUCGGGCAAGAGACGACAUCGAACAGCUCCAACGGUGAUCGGGCACCGUAG